ACGCCUUCCUAAAAAUGAUUGGACGAGAGCUGUGAAUCCUCUGUACUGAUUUGUCCAUCCACCUGUCUGUCAAAUCCUUCCUGUCAUUGUACUUCCUGGAUUCCUGAAUAAGUAACAUUGUAAACAUCACCCAGUUGAUACCUUCACUGUCCAUGAUUUUCCUUUUUUAGACAUCAUCGUCACCAUCGCCAGAACCAGGAUCAAUGGCUUUCAGAAAGGCAGUGAAAGGAACCCUAAUAGGGGGAGGAGCUGUAGCAACAGCCUUCGGCCUAUCACAGCUCUUCGAAUACAGGAAGAAUCAGCCUAAAUGGGCUCGGCUGGCAUAUGUUGAAGCGCAGGGUGAGCUAAAGGUGCCGUUUAAAGAUGCUCUCCCAACAAGAGAGGAGCAGCUUUCAACACUGCGAAACACAGAAGAGUUUGAUGUUUUGGUUGUGGGCGGCGGAGCCACGGGCUCCGGAUGUGCUUUAGACGCUGUCACGCGGAAUCUGAAGACCGCCCUGGUAGAACGGAGCGAUUUUUCAUCAGGCACCAGCAGCAGAAGCACCAAGCUCAUUCACGGCGGAGUCCGCUAUCUGCAGAAAGCCAUCAUGAAACUAGAUUAUGAGCAGUACAUGAUGGUGAAAGAGGCCCUUCAUGAACGUGCCAAUCUGCUGAACAUCGCUCCUCACCUGUCUGCACCUUUACCUAUAAUGCUUCCUGUUUACAAAGGACAACACAAUGAUGCCCGGAUGAACCUGGCCAUCACUCUUACAGCGGCCCGCCAUGGUGCUGCUAUUGCCAACUACACAGAGGUGGUUCAUCUGCUAAAGAAACCAGACCCAAAAACAGGCCAAGAGAAAGUUUGUGGAGCCCACUGCCGAGACAUAAUCACAGGGCAGGAGUUUGACAUUCGUGCCAAAUGUGUCAUUAACGCUACCGGCCCCUUCACUGACUCACUGCGCAAAAUGGACAGCCAGAAAACUGCCAACAUCUGCCAGCCUAGUGCAGGAGUGCACAUUGUAAUCCCUGGAUAUUACAGCCCAGACAACAUGGGGCUGUUAGACCCUGCCACCAGUGAUGGCCGUGUCAUAUUCUUCCUGCCCUGGGAGAAGAUGACUAUCGCCGGCACGACAGAUACACCCACUGAAGUCACCGCCCAUCCAAUCCCUGUGGAAGAUGACAUCAACUUUAUCCUGAGCGAAGUACGAAAUUACCUCAGCCCUGACGUAGAAGUGCGGCGAGGGGAUGUCCUGGCGGCCUGGAGUGGUAUUCGUCCGCUGGUCACCGACCCCAACUCCAAAAACACACAGUCCAUCUGUCGUAACCACAUCAUCAACAUCAGCGACAGCGGACUCGUCACCAUUGCUGGUGGGAAGUGGACAACCUAUCGUUCUAUGGCUGAGGAGACCCUUGACGCAGCCAUAAAGGCUCAUAAGCUCUCAGCUGGUCCCAGCAGGACUGUCGGUCUGAUGCUGGAUGGUGGGAAGGACUGGACCCCCACCCUGUACAUUCGUUUGGUUCAAGACUACGGCUUGGAAAACGAGGUUGCUCAGCACCUGGCAGCAACCUACGGAGGAAGAUUUACAUAUUACAGUACUUUAGAAUACGGACUGACAGAAGAGCUGGAGGCAGCAAAGAAGUUCCUGCACCUGGAGAUGGGUUAUAAAGCUCGCUCUGAGCAGCUCAGCAAGACAACAGAGAUCUCACUCACUGCCCAAGAGAUAGCGAGGUAUAAGAAGCGCUUUUACAAAUUUGAUAAGGAGAGUAGAGGCUUUAUCACAACAGUGGAUGUCCAGCAAGUGCUAGAGAAACUCAGCAUUCAAAUUGAUGAGAAUGCCCUCCAUGAGAUCCUCAAUGAGGUGGACCUCAACAAAAACGGACAGGUGGAACUGGAUGAGUUCUUACAGCUCAUGAGUGCGGUCCAGAGAGGCCAAAUCUCUGACAGUCGUCUGGCUAUCCUGAUGAAGACGGCCGAGGAGGGGUUGGAUCUGAGAGGACCUGUCUCGGUUGACCGCAGCGGAGGCGGUGUUUGAAUCCCAACUACAAACCAAAACAUUCACCAGACAACGGCUCCCACCACAAAGUUGAAUAAACACCAAAAAGCGCUGUGCCUACGCUGGUCAGAUCGCAAGCACAUCCUCUCGAGUCAUUAACUCACCCAACCAGCUGGCUGCCUUUGACUACAAUCUUUUUUUUUUUUUUUUUUACUUUUGUUUUA